CCUCCCCGAGCGGGCCUGCGCGGUGCAUGAUGGGAUGGAUGUGCGCAGUGGUUACUGCGCAGGUUUCAUUAAUGGCGGCCGGUCGGCAGGCUGAGGUUUAACCCGGGAGAAAAUCACACAAACACCGCCGGACGGGGGCCCAAAACUCCGCUCUGCCGCCGUACAUCGGGUCUAUGAAGCCGGAUCCAUCGUGUAUGAUGAAAUAUCUGCAGCAGGGAUUGAGGACCUUUAUGCUGGUGGCGACCAAACUAUGGAGUUUCCUGUGCUACCUCCUCCGCAAGCAGGUCCGAACGAUCAUCCAACAUCAGACAGUCCGGUAUGACAUCAUGCCUCUCUCUCCUAUCUCCAGACACAGACUUAAUGGCGUAAAAAGGAAAGUGCUGGUUUUAGACUUAGACGAGACGUUGAUCCAUUCUCACCAUGACGGAGUCAUGAACAGAACAGUACGGCCAGGAACACCUCCAGACUUUAUACUAAAGAUCACAAUAGACAGACAUCCAGUCAGAUUCUUUGUGUACAAGAGGCCGCAUGUUGACUUCUUCCUGGAUGUGGUUUGCCAGUGGUAUGAGUUGGUAAUAUUCACUGCAAGUAUGGAGAUAUAUGGGGCAGCAGUAGCAGACAAACUAGACAACACUAAAGGCAUUCUAAAAAGGAGAUACUAUAGACAGCAUUGCACAUUAGAAUAUGGGAGUUACACGAAGGACUUGUCAUCAGUCCAUAAUGACCUGUCCAGUGUUAUUAUCCUGGAUAAUUCCCCAGGAGCUUACAGAUCAUAUCCAGAUAAUGCCAUCCCCAUUAAGUCGUGGUUUGCGGAUCCCAGCGACACGUGUCUUCUGUCGCUGCUGCCCAUGCUUGACGCGCUGCGCUUCACGGCCGACGUGCGCUCCGUCCUGAGCAGAAACCUCCAUCUGCACCGGCUAUAACUGGUUUAUCCUGGUAGAAACCAGGAUGAACUGGCUGUAGCUGGUUUGUCCUAGUAGAAACCAGGAUGAACUGGCUGUAACUGGUUUGUACCGGUUGGAACCAGGAUGAAAUGGCUGUAACUAGUUUGUCCUGGCAGAAACCAGGAUGAACUGGCUGCAACUGGUUUGUCCUGGUUGGAACCAGGAUGAACUGGUCGUGGCCACCUUGCACUGUACCAUAGCCACAGUAGAGUCAGUAGUGUUGUUAAAAGAACAGCUGUUGACAGACAUAAGCUACUAUGCCCACUGGAUUGACUAGUUCUCAUGUUUUAACGUAAAUUUCAAAAUGUGUCAAGUUGUCAGAUUUUAGGAAAGCAGCCCUCUGCACGUAAAUGCGUAAAAAA